GGGUUUAUAUCCUGGUUGUGUGCGCCCGCUAAGUAUUCCGUUGCAGUUCUUUGAACCCAACAAGCAGCUCGUCAAACAACAAUGUCUGGAAGAGGAAAAACCGGAGCAAAGGCCCGCGCUAAGGCCAAGACCCGCAGCUCCCGCGCCGGCCUGCAGUUCCCCGUCGGCCGUGUCCACCGUCUCCUGCGUAAGGGUAACUACGCGGAGAGAGUGGGCGCCGGGGCCCCCGUGUACCUGGCCGCCGUGCUGGAGUACCUCACCGCCGAGAUCCUGGAGCUGGCCGGCAACGCCGCCAGGGACAACAAGAAGACCCGCAUCAUCCCCCGCCACCUGCAGCUGGCCGUCCGCAACGACGAGGAGCUGAACAAACUGCUCGGCGGCGUCACCAUCGCUCAGGGCGGCGUCCUGCCCAACAUCCAGGCCGUCCUGCUGCCCAAGAAGACCGGCCAGUCCGCACCGAGCUCCGGCAAGGCGGGAAAGAAGGCCUCCUCUCAGUCCCAGGAGUAUUAGCUUCCGGGGCUAAUAACUUUCAACCCAAAGGCCCUUUUAAGGGCCACCCACUCGUCAUCGAACGAGCAACGUUCCCUUUUAGUUCAUGUCUCGUUCCUCGACUUUUUAUUUAAUAAAAGCUUGUUUUUGUAA